GGCAGCGCGUCGUCUGUGCGCGGCUCGGGCAGUCUGUCGCGCGGGCGUCAUGGAGAACCAGCUGGCGCGCUGCAAGAUCGUGGUGGUCGGUGACAGUCAGUGCGGCAAGACGGCGCUGCUCCACGUCUUCGCCAAGGACGCCUACCCCGAGAACUAUGUCCCCACUGUGUUUGAGAACUACACUGCCAGUUUUGAGAUUGACAAGCAGCGCAUUGAACUUAACAUGUGGGACACUUCAGGCUCGACAUACUAUGACAACGUGCGCCCCCUUGCCUAUCCCGACUCAGAUGCUGUUCUCAUCUGUUUUGACAUAAGCCGCCCGGAAACCCUGGACAGUGUCCUUAAAAAGUGGCAGGGGGAGACACAGGAGUUCUGCCCUGGUGCCAAGGUGGUUUUAGUGGGUUGCAAACUGGAUAUGCGAACCGACUUGAACACUUUACGGGAACUCUCCAAACAACGUCUUAUCCCUGUCACACAUGAGCAGGGCAGCAUGCUGGCCCGGCAGCUGGGUGCCGUGGCAUACGUGGAGUGCUCUUCCAAGGUGUCUGAGAACAGUGUGCGGGAUGUUUUCCACGUCACCACCCUGGCAUCCAUCAACCGUGUGCACAAACACCUGAAGCGCAGCAACUCAAAGCGAGGUCUGAAGCGGGUUGCACAGAUGCCUGGACGGACGGACUUGUUGACUGACCCUGAUAUCCGCAAAGACCGGGCCAAGAGCUGCUCAGUGAUGUGAGAGAAGAGGACGCCCCGGGGGGGGGGACGAAGUAUAGCACUGCCUGUCUUGUUCAUUUCUCUUUGUACAGUAAUUAGUAAUGGGGAGGUCUCUGCACUGUGGGCCACGUGCCUCAGAGUCUUGGUCUGAAAAAACAAAGCCCUCUAUGGCAAUGAGUGGGUUGGCAGGGAGGGAUCUGCCUGACGAUGCAAAUGCUAUGCAUAUUUUGAAAAAGUCUGGGUCAGCUUUGUGUUGCACACAGAAAUGCUCAGGUAGCAGGACACCUCCCAAGAAAGGAGCACAUCACUUUGUGUGACGCAGACGGGAAACACUACUUCAAACCCUCUGAAGAGCAAUUAUUUUGGAGCUAUUUUCUAAUGUGUAGGUGUCCAGGAACCAGGUGUCUGGUAUUUUUGCAGCCAUGGUGUGUGGCAAUGAGACCAUGCACAUUGCUUGUGCGUGUUUGUGGAAUGUACGCGCAGUUGAGGUGUGAAGCUGGUGCUUGUGCUUGAGGCCAGUCGUGGAAUUAAAGCGUUAUAGAAGGGUUAGACGAGUGGGUGAUCAUUUGGGAAGGAAAAACAGGAUUCAGAAUGGCAGUGGGAGAAUGCUAUCGGGCAGUUGGGAAAGUUUAACCGUUUUGUAGGGGAACUAUAAAUGAAAACACACUUAAUCCUGAGGUGAUUGGACAGGGUCAUUUCUCUGUGGACACUUACAGAUUCAACAAUGCCAGGUAGAUGGACACCAUGGAAGCGGUUCAUCUCUUUUUGUGACCAAGCGUGUCUUGUUCAUUUCCUGUGAAGCAGAAAGGACCCAAAUACUGUGUUUCAUCCAUUACACUGUCAUGGGAGGCAUGAUCCCCUCUGCUUCCCCUUCUCCACUCUUAAAUCCAGUGUAAAUAAUACAGAAGUGUGGGGUGGUUUUAAGCUCUCUUCCUAAAGAGGAAGGGAAAAACCAGCUUCGUUACCAGGGCCCCACAGGUGGUAAGCUAUGACAUUACAAACCAGAAAAGCUUUGCUAUUUAUUAUUGCUUUGUCUUUCAAUCCACAGUGCUGUUUCUGUUCGUUUUGUGCCAAAGAAAAUUCACUUUGGGAUGUAUUUGGGCAUCAGGAAGCAGAGCACAAUUAUGAGAAUUAAUGGAAUUGCAGUUAUGUAAUUUUCUCUUAACAUGGCUUUGAUGGGGAGUUACACAACAUUUUGUGCAUGUCAAUGGGUAACAGGUCCCAUUAGUGUUGAUUAAACACCAUAUCAGGC